CUUAAGUUGAUAGUAAUAUGGGGAAAUGGUCUGGGGUUGUAGUACUGUUGGUUUUGAGUUUGUUUUUGCGGGUUAGAGGUGCUCCCCAAGUUCCUUGUUACUUUAUCUUCGGGGAUUCAUUGGUGGAUAAUGGGAAUAAUAAUCAACUCUCGUCACUGGCUAGGGCUAAUUACUUGCCUUAUGGGAUUGACUUCCCUAAUGGACCGACUGGAAGGUUUUCUAAUGGUAAAACUACCGUCGAUGUCAUAGCUCAACUUUUGGGCUUUGACAAUUACAUCCCUCCUUACUCCACUGCUAGCGGUCGACAAAUACUCGGAGGAGUUAACUAUGCAUCGGCGGCUGCCGGAAUCAGAGAAGAAACCGGACAGCAACUGGGAGCUCGGAUCAGUUUCAGCGGCCAAGUUAAAAAUUACCAACAAACAAUAUCACAGGUGGUAAACUUGUUAGGGGAUGAAACCACAGCAGCAAACUAUUUAAGCAAAUGUAUUUACUCAAUCGGACUCGGUAGCAACGAUUACCUUAACAACUAUUUCAUGCCCCUUUUUUACUCAAGCAGCAGGCAAUAUACCCCAGAGCAAUUUGCUGAUGUUCUUAUUCAAGAAUACACUCAGCAGCUUCAGGCUUUGUAUAACUACGGGGCAAGGAAGUUUGUGUUGAUUGGGGUGGGUCAGAUCGGUUGCAGUCCCAAUGAAUUGGCUCAAAACAGUCCAGACGGUAAAACUUGCGUGGAGAGAAUCAAUGCUGCAAACCGGAUUUUCAAUGACAGGCUUAAAGGUCUCGUUGAUCAAUUCAACAACGCCGAUUCCGACGCCAAGUUCAUCUACAUCAAUGCUUAUGGAAUUUUCCAAGACAUAACAAGCAAUCCUUCGGCUUACGGUUUUAAGGUAACAAAUGCAGGGUGUUGUGGAGUGGGGAGGAACAAUGGGCAAAUUACCUGCUUGCCAGCCCAAACUCCAUGCCCAAAUAGGAAUGAGUACUUGUUUUGGGAUGCUUUUCAUCCAACUGAGGCUGCAAAUGUGAUCAUUGGGAGGAGAUCUUACACUGCUCAGUCUUCAUCCGAUGCUUACCCCAUCGAUAUCCGCCGUCUUGCUCAGCUCUGAAGAUGGAGACAUAGGCUUUGGAUGUGAGAGAAGAAUAAGUGAUAAAAUAUUAGAUUAUUCAUAUGAUUCAGAUUACUUUUCUGUAGUUUCCAUAAUCUUGUUACGAUCAUUUUUCUAAGGGAUUUGUCAUUUGAUAAGUUAUUUCAAGCAUCGGAGUUGUAAUGUAUCAUCAGUUAUAAUGCUAUUGAAACAUUAAAUUAAUACUAGUAUUUUUGCUCUAA